GGCCAUUUUAAAUAAUGAAUUUAGUUUUAUCAGAAACAAAACAUAAUGAUAAGUAAAUGACACUAUUUUUCCCCUUAAAAUUGCUCUUUUCUCGAGCGCAAAGAUAUAAGGUAGGUAUAAAUUCAAGUAUAAAAUAUUUUGUACCAAUGACAAACAAGUCAAAACAAUAUGAACUUCAGCAAGUAGAUUGUCAAAACAAUGAAAAAACAAAUUAUAUUAAAAUCGAGUAUACACAUAAUAUUUGUGUUCAUAUAUGCGAAAUUUGUGGUCUAAGCAUCAACUGGUUUGAUCUGAAUAAUUAUGCAUAGUGUGUUUUUUUGUAGAUAUUUUCUUACAAAGCAAUUUUACUGCAGUCAGCAACAUGCUCAGAGUACAGUACUACACCCUCUAGGAAACCUUUCAUCAACCCAGAUAGACCACAUGACCAGACUCACCUGUAUACGUCCGAACCUCCAUUACAAGUUCAACUGUCCUACGAACGUGAUGAGAAGCAUGGGCGUGUCUACCACGGCAACUUUCCCAGCGUGACGACAAUUCUGGACGCUACAAGACCAACGAACGAGCACUAUGCUUUACUCAACUGGAGGCGGGGUCAGAUCAAGGAACUGGGGGAGGGGGGCUACAAUGAUAAAGUGACAAUGAUUAAGAAUAGAGGGACAACUUUUCACCAGGUAAUAUGGUACUUAGAGCAAGGAUAUUGGUUCUACCCCCCCCCCCCAACACUCAUCGACUCAUUCCUGGAUGUUAUUAACCCACAAUGCACCCAAACAAUUUUACUAGCAAAAGGAAUUUGCCCUGCUUACCUUUAGAAUAUAAGAGAACAGUAAUUAAGCCUUCUUCACUAAUAAGCCUCCUUCUCUAAACAUAGAAAUUUGUCUGCCCCUCCCUGUUUAUUUACUACACUGUGUUUUGGCUAAAUCAAUAAGCCUUCCCCCCCCCCCCCAUCUCUCUCUACUACGGUCCCAUCCUCAUUGGGUUGAGGAGUUCCAUGAGAGCUGAAGAGAGUUGAGUGGAUAUUAUCAUCAACUUUCAUCAAAAUUUGACAGUUUCCCAGUCUUCAGUGAAUUUCCUGCUACAAGAAUGGCAACAGUUUUGAAGUUGCAACACACAAAUGCAGAGUAGUUUAUAACUAACGUUCCUUUCUCAAAUUCCAAGAGCUAACAAGUCUCUGGCAUUAGACAGAGUAAAACAAAUUAGGGCACAAUGGCAGCUAAAUAAUGUACAGUAAUCCUGCAAUUCCAGGCUAUCAACGAAUACCUCCUAACAGGUUCUCAACCAACACUCCAGGAAUCAAAUCUCGGCCAUUGGGAAAGUGUCCAAGAUGUUAUAUCAAAUAUUGACCAUGUUAUUGCCCUGGAGAGCGUAGUUCUUCACCCACAGUUACAGUAUGCAGGGACAUUAGAUAGUAUUAUUUCAUACCAAGGACAACUGUGUUUGAUUGAUUGGAAAACAUCGCAAAAAAAACGGAUUGAACUUAAAGAUUGCUUUUCCUACCCUCAUCAGAUUGUCGCGUACUCUGGUGCUGUUAAUUAUGAUCAGAACUACAACCCUAUACAGGUAUAAACACGGUUGUCUAUUGUCUAUUGUUAUUAGGUAUCUGCGCACAUGGUAUGUUGUCUGGAGGUUUUGUAAAAUUGAAAUUUCUACAAAAAUCCUAAUCCAUUAUUGAAAGCACUGCUCACAGAGUGUUCAACAUGUCAUAAUCUAUUUUCCCCAUAGAUAAACCAUGGGUUGCUGGUUCUAGUUUACCAAGACGGAUCCCCGGCUGACACAAUAUGGCUGCCACCAGACACUUGUGAAUAUUACUGGACUGAAUGGUUACAUCGUCUUCAACUCUAUAAUCAAACUAACACUUCGUGUUAUUCAAACCAAGGCACCAGAAUGCAAGAUCUUGCUCAGUAUGUGAAUGGCAUCCCAGGUGGAAAACCAUUACUACAGCAAGAUAGUGCAGAGUCUGUGAAAUGUGCUGAAAAUAGUGGGGAAAUAUGCACUGAUAUUGCCCAAUGGUCUGAGAGCAUUGUCGAAAUGGAUCCUUCAACUUUUGAAUUUGAAGACAACUAUUAAAUAAAGCUUUGAAGGAAUUCAUGUGAUGAAUGUAUGAAGUUUGUUUUAAUUUUGAGAAAGCUUGGGAUUGACAGUUAGCUGGUAACUCCUGACGAAGGGCCAUCGCUUGAAAGUUGCAUCCCAAAGCUUCCUUGUUAUUGCCACUGGCUCUACACUACCACAGACCCAUUAUUUUUAUUUUUUCCAAAAUUUCAUUCGAUAUAAUUUGUACAGCGAAUCACUCAUGUCACAUACUUAGACAAAGUUAAAUAAUUAUUUUUCAAUUUUUUCUCAAUAUCCUAUCAAUAUUGCCAUUUAUAUGUAAAAAAUAUACAAUACUAUUUAAAAUAUCUUGUAUUCCAAGGGAACAUGCCAGAAUAUAAAUGAUUUUGCCUGGAUUGCUCAUCGACACUUAAUUGACAAGAUGCCCACUUAUCUCAUAAUACAGCAAAAUUUGUGGGCAAUUUCAAAUACGUCAGUAGCUUCAAACAGGUCUAUUUUUCAACUCAGUUAAUUCAAGACAAAUUACAUUCUGGCAUGUUCCCUUGGUAAAUUUGUUGAAACGACUAUCUACAUACAGUUCCUCUUGUUGAAAAAUUAUCAAAGGCUUUGAAACUUUCCAAAAAUGUACAAAUACCUUAGGGCUUAUACAUAUGUUUUGAUUCCUGAAAAACACCAUAGUAUUUUCGAAAAACCAAAACAUACAUAUGUUGCCAUGGAAACAUUGAAAGAAAAUAUUACCUAGGGCUUGCAUAUAUGAUUGUUUUGGUAGUGUGUCACUGAUGAACAGCGCUAAUUGAAGCGAUUCAAAAUUUGUUUGGUGGGAAAUGUUAAUUUAUUUAGCAAAUCUUUUGAUCUGUAAGCUUGGACCUUCAGCAGUUCUGGUAAUGGCCAGAUUUAAGUCUGGUUUUUACACUAUCAAAGUUUCCAUGAUCACAGUAGAAAUUUUGCACAGGUAAACUCUAAGUUCUGAAGGAUUUGUAUGAAAUAUUUGAGGGGACUGAUUUGCCGUCAGUUUCUGCAAACAUUUUUUACAAAUUCUUCAAAACUUUAUCUAUGCAGAAUUGUGAUCACUUUGAUAGACGUACACCACCAGGCUUUAUACUAGAAACAGAAAUUAGCCAUGUUUAAUAUCAGACCAACUACCUUCUCUUUGCCCAAGUUUGUCCAGACUGUUUCUGGCAUAUGACCAUUAUUAGCUGUGAUGAAAAUACAUGUACGGAUCAAAAGCAUGCAAUAAUAACUAAUCCUGGUACAAAACAAUUAUUUCCUUGUGAUGCAACAUACGCAGAACUUAUUAAAAUCUUAUAUACAAUACCAAAUGCAAAGUUGGCACAAAAUUCCCCAGAGUAAAAAUAUUAUUGGUGACGACUACUGCUGCAUAUUUCACAAACUGUUAAACUUUCAUGGUUGAGAAACGUACAUCUGGAACAACUCCAUUGCGUCUC